GGCAGACGUAUCUCAGAAGCUCACUGAAGCGUUCGCAAGGCAAAGGAGACCAUAUCAGGAUUACCAAGACCAGGACUUCAGAGUAGAGAAACUACUAAAGAAGAUCCUUCAAGAGGAGACGUGCCAGUAGAUACAAGGUCUCUGUUCUCUUCCCUCAGUUAUGGUGCACAUCUGCAGGCUGUUUGUGGUGAUGGGGAUGUUGCUGUGUCUAAGUGCCCAGUUUGCCAGCUCUCAGCACUGGUCUCACGGCUGGUAUCCCGGAGGAAAGCGAGAGAUAGACGUUUACGAUACCUCAGAGGUUUCAGAGGAAAUUAAACUCUGCGAGGCAGGAAAGUGCAGCUACCUGAGACCCAAGGGAAGAAACAUUCUCAAGACAAUACUGCUGGAUGCCCUCAUACGGGAUUUCCAAAAGAGAAAGUGACACCAAGAUGACUCAACAGCCUGUGUCCAAAGAAAAAACCUUUUCCAGCAAACACAUUCGGCCUGCAUUUCCAUCUAAAUUAUUAUAUAUAUAUAUAAUUAUUUUGUUAUUCUGUGAUUUUAUUUUUUACUUUUUUGUACGUUCUGCAUUGUGUUCUGUUCUCAUAACCGAUGUGAGUGAACCUUUACUGCCGGCACUAUGUAACCAUUUGCAGCAGUUCAUACAAUAAAGGCUUUAUUUUGGUAUUUUG